AUGGCAAUAAGCAAAUCGACAACCGGAACCUCUGGUACCGUCACCAUGAACGUCAACAGAGAAACCGUCACUCAUGAAGCCAGCGUCGAACACAUCAAAGAGGAUCCGCCGCAGCAAGGCCGCUCGCCAGAGGAGAGCGUGAUGUUGGCGAACGGGGCAGGGGAUAGCAGACAGCAGUCCGUCGAGUAUGCUUUGACUCUUUCUCCAAUAUCCUCGGCGCAGUCAUCCAAUGGCGCGGCAGGCCUUUCCACGGAUGCCACCUCCAACGCCCUGCCGACCGGCUGCUCGAACGCUUCCUCACAGGACGCGCCUGAACUCCCGCCCGACGAACCACCUCAUCCCUGCGGACAAGCGGCCGACAGUCACGACUCGGCACGUUCGGACGGGGGCGUAUCUCCCGACCUACCAAUGGACGACGCGGACGACGACAGUACACUGCCCGACGAAUGGGAGGGUAAAAUUAUCGGAGAAGAGGCUGACGGGUACUUGGUUGCUUGGAAAAGCAGCUUCAUACCCAAGGAAUUCGCCGGUGAAGCGAUGAUUCGGGCCUGGGAGGAACAGAAGGCGAAGAUUCUGGCAGGGGGGGGAGAAAGGAAGGGUACCGGAUUAAAGCAGCCAGCAACCAUCAAGGGUCGGGUGGAGAAACGAGGAGCGGGAAAACGAGGUCGAGGUCGACAGGGUGUCUAA